CAGUCGGAUUUUGAAUUUGAGAAGUUUUAUAAAGCAAAUUAAAAAUUUUCGGAAAAUAAUUUUUUUUUGCCGAUAUUACGAACGGAAACGGUGUUUUGCCCUUUUUUUGUGGAAAUUAUUUAAUUUCACUAAUUUCUAAUUAUUGCAUCAUAUUUUUCGGAAGAAACUAGAAGAAAGACAAAUCAAUUACAAGCAAAAUUAUGCUCGUCUCUGAUAGUGAUGUGCAAAUCCCAACACUUUCUCAACAAACAAUAAGGCAUACAAGUUCCCUUUCUCUUUGUAAUUCUACAUUUUGUGUCAUCGUUAAAAGAAAGUGGAAAAUACAGAACAUGAAAAGCAGCAAGAUGAUGUUGAGCGUUCCUUACUCUCAACUCUUCUUCUGCUGAGUUCCCCGGAGAGUCAACAUUUUUAAAACCGGACAAGGCGAAUCUAAUUCCCUGUCAACAUGGCCUACGCAGUUGAAAUCAUCACCCGUUAUGGAUCCUUCCGAGAAAUCCACGCGAAUAAGUCGCGCAGAUCUGAUCGGGUUAGAUAUUCCCCUCCCGGAAAGUCAAAAGCCCGUUACGGACCUGGACACGGACCCCGAGAAAUUUGUAUGCGUGAAUCCCUACGACGUCAAUCCAUUGGUAGACAGAAUAGAUUCGAGUACGCCACUGGUGACCAUAGACAUACCCUUAAAGGGCGAGUGCAGUGCUGUUCAAGAAGAAUUUUCCGCGAGGAGAAGCAGCGGGUUUUACGGGACUCAAAGAAAAAUCAAAUUGGAAAUGGAGGAAUUUGGCGAUCUGUCGUCGUUCCUUCCAAGGCCUACGUUAACAAAUUCUGUAGAUGAACUCAAUACUCCGAUUUUUGAAAAGGAUGCUUUUGACUUCGAUAUCAGCAAUUUUCAGAAGAAUUGUCAGACAGACAUCUUCGUAAAGCUGGAAUACGAUGCGAACUACCGACACAAAACCGUAACCACACAAGAAAAUAAUAACAACACGAACAUUUUCAAUGAGCCGGAGAGAGUGCAUCGAAAAGAAAGUAUCCCCAGCGAAAUAGGAAGUAAUAAUAAUAUUCAUCAUCUACAGCAAAUAUCCGGCGCGGCAUCAGCCGCCGGGGUGUAUUCCCCGCCCGCGUCGGAAAACGGUACAUACAUUUAUAGGACGAUCGAAUCGCCCGGUACAAUUUCGUACGACGUGAACGAUAGUGCUUUAAGUGGUGUUAUUUCUAGACAUUGUUCUUACCCUUCGUCCCCUUCUGAUUCUGUAUUCACGCGGUUCCACGCGGGGAUGGAGACUCCUGAAGACAGCUUCAGUUCUUACGAUUCUGCCGGUAGGAAGUUGUCACUGGAUUUGAGUCUUCGAGCUCCCGUCACAGACGUGGUGAGCACACCAAACAUCAUUGCCGAUGUGGUGGAUUUGGAAAGCGACGGAUUCAAUAUAUUGGAUCUCGUUAAGGAUGACAUCCCACCACACAUCACUGCCGAGGACAUAUUCGUGGGUACCACGGUCACUCUGCCCGAAGACUUUCCUUUGAAUAUCGUUUCCUACAAUCUUCCAUCGGCGGAGAAAGGCAAACAAUACGGGAUCGCAACCAAACAACCUCGCAAAAGGCAGAGGUCCGACGACUUGGACGAAGACUACUUCCCCCCUUCGGCGAAGAGGAAGAUCCAGCAUCGUCAGAGGAGAGAAUCCUCUGAUUCCGACUCGGAUUUCGAGGUGGAUGCGAAACCAAAACAGAAGCGUCGGGGUAGACCUCCGAAGCGAACCGAGUCUGUUUCGUCGGACCGCUCGAAGGACAGCGACAACUCGUCCAAGUAUCGCGAACUGAGAGACAAGAACAACGAGGCGUCCCGCAAGUCGAGACUGAAGAGGAAGAUCAAGGAACUCGAGAUCGAGACGGAGGCGGAUGAACUCACUACUAGGAAUAUCCAGCUGAAGGCGCAGGUGGAGGAGCUCGAGAAAAUCGUAAAGAGUUACAAAGAUAAUAUUUUUAAAAUAAUGUUGAGUAAGUAGAAUUAGGUUUUUUUUUGUCAAUGAGAUUGGUGUUUUCGCGGGGUCAGACGAGAAAUUUCACUUGCGUUGCUGGUUGUUUGUAUCCCAGUUAAUUUAGUAGUUUAUAUUAGUAAUAAUUUCAAAGAUUGUAUUUCAAUAAGUUUCUGCCACCCUCGUGAAAGUGCCUAAUGAUUAGAGAAUAUUAUUUGUUAAUUUCUUGAUAUUUUUUAUACCUUUGUAACGUAUUUUACAAUUUUCUAUUGUUUCGUUCACGUUUCAUGGACUCUGUGAAGGUGUUAUAGUGGACAUUUAUUUUGUUAUAUUCUCCUAGAGAUCUUAUAAUAAGAUUGGACCUAUAUAUGUGACUUACUUGUAUUUGUUUCUUAGAAUAAUUCGAUAAGUAUUCGUCGAACUAUCAUGUAUGUACCUGCUCUAUGUAAUCAAUUACUUUGUUGAACUAAAAUAAAAUUGGUGGAAAUGUA